ACGUAAACAAACUCUGCGGUUUGUCUUCAUCUGAGGGUGCACCGAGCGACCGGUUCUUUCGUUUACUCAUUUUAUUCUAGUAGAUCAUUUAACGAGCGGUGCAAGUAAUGGCGCCCAACGUGGAAGAGGAUGUUUCCUGGCAGGUGUCGGGAAUAUGUAGGACCUAUCCAAGCUACCGCCAGCAUCUACCCAUUACAAGCGAAAGCUGGCUGGAGGGCAAACAUGCCGAUGACGAGGCCGAAGGUCUUUGGCGCAUUGACGAUAAGCUCUAUGACUUGAGCGACUUUGCCGCUCGCCAUCCGGGCGGCGCCUCUUGGAUCGAGUGCACUCGGGGCACCGACAUCACGGAACCCUUCGAGUCCCAUCACAUUGGGGAGCGGGCUCGGGGUAUGCUGAGCAAAUUCGAAGUGCGACAGGCCACGAAGCCGAGGAACUACAAGUUCACGCUCAAAGAAAAUGGUUUUUACAUGACCCUGAAGCGGAGGGUACGGGAAAAGCUAAGAAAAAUCGAGUACUCCCCCACCAGGAAAACUGAGUUCCUUUACACGGGCAUUCUAGUCUCCCUAUUCCUCUUCAGCUGGAUAGGCACCGUUCUGGACUCUCUGGUCUUUCAGGGCAUGGCUGGCCUGGCCCUGUGCUGGGUGGCCACCUCCACACAUAACUACUUCCAUCAGCGGGAUAAUUGGCGGAUGUACACCUUUAAUCUGACUUUGAUGAACUUCCGCAGCUGGCGGAUUUCCCAUGCCCUGUCUCACCACGUUUAUGCGAAUUCGCUGCACGACCUGGAGAUGUCCAUGUUUGAGCCGUUCCUGUGCUGGAUUCCCGAUCGUCACUAUGCCAGUAAAGCGCAACGAUGGAUCUCCGUGGUUAUAUCACCGGUGGUGUAUGUGGUCCUCUUUCAGGGGCAGUUUAUCCUGCGUGUGGCCCUCUCCCUGGCCAAGAGCAACGUUCUGCAUUGGGAUGAUCUCAUAGGCUUUACCCUACCAAUCUUUUUAUAUUUCUCCACUGGCGUGGGUCUGCUUGCCACUCUUGGAAGUUGGCAAAUAAUCGUAGCCGUGGGCAGCUUUAUUUUUGGACUUGUAGGCCUCACAGCAGCCCAUCAUGAUCCCAGAAUUCUGCACGAUGGCGACGCCCAGCGUAAGGACAUUGAUUGGGGUCUCUACCAGGUGGAUACGAUCAUCGACCGCGGCGAUAUCAAGUGGUCGGAUCUCCUGGUGCUCACCCACUUUGGGGAGCACGCCCUGCACCAUCUGUUUCCCACUCUCGAUCACGGAGUUCUCAAGCAACUCUAUCCCGAGUUGAGGGAAACUAUGAAGGAGUUUGACGUGGAGCUCAGGGAGAUCAAUCACUGGGGCCACAUCAAGGGUCAAAAUCAGCAGUUGCUGAGGAUCAAAAAGAAUCCCCUGCCACCGGGCAGUAAAAAGUUGAAGUAGAGUGGGUUUUGGUCUACUAUAAAAGUUAUGUGAUGAGGGGGGAAAGGUUGGUCUGUAAAUAGUGAGGAUUUAGGGUAAGAAUAAGCCAUAAAAAUAAUAUAAUAUUAAAUAAUAAUUGUACCUGUA